AGGAGGGAAGAGGGAGGAGGGGGAGGUAGUGUGUGUGUGUGUGUGUAUGAGAGAGAGAGAGAGAGAGAGAGAGAGGGAGAGAGCCUAGGCGAUGAGCCAGCUUACAUCAAGCAAGUAAGAGGGAGAGCACGAAAGAGAGAGGAGCAUUCCUUCUCGUUUCUUCUACCUGAGCACAGAAGCGAGGGAUUUACACAUCGCAGCCUUUCCUCCCCUGCACAGCCGAACAAAAGGGCGGGGAGGGGUUUUAGGGGGAACAUUGGAGGUCUUUCAGCGGAUAUCGGCGGCUGUCAGAGAGAGAGGGAAAGAGAGGGGGGGAGAGAGAGAGAGAGAGAGAGCAGAGAGAGGGGCGAGAGGGGAUCAUGCCGUGCCCGAGAGGCGCAGCGGCGUGCCUCGCAGGGCGGCGUGAGCGUCAUUCGAGGAGGGGGACGUCCGGGGCGCCCGCCGCCGCCGCUCCACGCCAUGCCCGGGACUAGGAACCGGCAGGAGCCUCGCUGAAGACAUGGCCCAGGCAAAAGGGCGGAGAGAUGGGAUUUCGUCGUCCAACGAGAACGCGCGGCCGGUGUCGGGAGAGGGGCUGGCCUGGCAGGGCCCGCGGACCGUGGUCCUCCACAAGAACUCCCAGGGCUUCGGCUUCACGCUGCGCCACUUCAUCGUGUACCCGCCGGAGUCCGCCCUGCACACCAGCCUCAAGGAUGAGGAGAACGGGAACGGGAAGGGCUACCAGCGAGGUCGGCUGGAGCCUAUGGACACCAUCUUUGUGAAGAACGUGCGAGAGAGAGGCCCCGCCCACCAAGCCGGCUUGUGCACAGGGGACCGGCUGGUGAAGGUCAACGGGGAAAGCGUCCUGGGGAAGACCUACUCCCAGGUGAUCGCCCUGAUCCAGAACAGUGAGAGUGUCCUGGAGCUAUCUAUCAUGCCAAAAGAUGAAGAUGUGCUGCAGCUGGUAAGUGCGUACUCCCAGGAUGCCUACCUGAAGGGCAAUGAGCCGUACACGGGCGGAGCCCAGAACCUUCCGGACCCGCCGCCCGCCUCCUACCCUCGCGGCAAGACCCAGCAGCCCCCCGCCGGGUCCCCUCCCAUGGGCCAGAACCAGCUGGACAACUGGGCCUGCGGGCCGUCCCCUCCGCUGGACAACCGCUCCGGCGCGGGCGGCGCCGGGGGCCGGCAGGAGGGGCGGGGCCCGGAGCCGGGGGCGGGCCCCGGAGCCGUCAGCCCCGCCCAGCACGGCGCGAGCGGGCCGCCGGCGCGGGGCCGCUCGUCGUCCUCGGGGUCGGCCCUGGCGAGCCCGCUGUACUUCCACUUCGCCAACCACAACGCCGCCAUCGCCUCGGCCUCGCAGCCCCACCCCCACCCCCACCCCCGCGGCGCCGGCGGCGGAGGCCUGAGCAACAGCGAGCGCUGCCAGCAGGCCCUGACGGACUGGUACUACAGCCAGGUGCCCGAGCGCGCCGCCGUGUCCGCCAUGCCCCCGCGCCACCGCAGCUACUCGCAGGACCGGCUGGCCGAGCUGGGGGCGGGGCUGGGCCACCACCGGGCCGGCUGGCCCCACAGCGCCUCCCAGGACACCCUGCUGCUGCUGCAGCAGCCCGGCUCCGCCCCCCACGCCGACCCCUACUGGGGCUGGGGCGCCCCCUACGGGCAGCCCACGUGCCGGGCGCGCUCGGAGAACCAGCUGGCGGCCGCGUACGAGCGCUACGGCCGCUCCACGGAGGCGCUGGACCGGGCGGCGGCAACGGCGCUGGUCUCGCCCCGGCUGGAGCGGCCGGCCUGGCUGCAGCAGGCCCCGCCCGGGGCCGAGGGCCAGCAGAGGCCCUCGGGGAACCACCGCGACGGCGCUGCGGCGCCCCCCGCUGGCCGGCAGACCCAGCAGCAGCAGCAGCAGCAGCAGCAGCAGGCGGCGGCGGGCCGCUCCCAGCCGCGCCGGCUCCCGCCGCAGACGAUGGACGACCAGCCGGUGGGCUACCGCAGCUACAGCCCGUCCUUCUACCGCAAGGCGGGCCGCCUGAUGCAGGCCCACUCCUUCAGGGACCCCGCCUACUCGGGGCCCCACUUCUCCUGGACGCCCACCCCCAAAACCAGCCCCCCGGACGGCGUCUCGCCCGCCCCGCCCCCGCCCGGCUCCUCGUCCCCGCCCGACCCCCGGGACGGGACGGACCGCGAGCGGGCGGGGCCGGGGCUGGAGGUGGGCGUGGCCCAGGCUCAGGAGGUGGUGCUGCGGCAGAAGCCGCCCACUGGGAGGCGGACCUCCCACGCCCUGCGCCACCCGCACUACGCGCUGCCCGUCGACGCCGCCGAGCCGCCCGGCUUCCCCGCCGAGCCCCGGGACGCCGCCGCCGCGCCCGCCGCCCCGCCCCCGGGAGACGCCCCCGCCCGCCGAGCCAAUGGCAGCUUGCCUCCUCUCCCGGUGGAGGACGACUCGCUGGCCUCCAUCCCGUUCAUAGAUGAGCCGACGAGCCCGAGCGCCGACCUGCGUGCCCGCCACGUGCCCGCCUCCUCGGUGGUAUCCAGCGCCAUGAGCUCCGCGCCCGUCGUCACCACCAGCCCCGUCUCCCCCACCUUCACUUUCCCCCUCACAAGGCUCUUCUCCCACGACUGCAGCAGUAUCAAGGCCAGCCGUCGCUCUUCCUACCUGCUGGCCAUCACCACGGAGCGCUCCAAGUCAUGUGACGAGGGCCUGAACACCUUCCGGGAGGAGGGCCGCGUCUUCUCGAGACUACCAAAAAGAGUUAAAAGCUUUUUCACUGAUGGGUCCCUGGACAGCCUGGGCUCCGCUGAGGAAGCCCGCUCCAAGCGCCACUCCACCUCGGAGCUGGGAAACAUCUCCUUCAGCGACGUGCGCAAGGAGGGCUGGCUGCACUACAAGCAGAUCCUCACCGAGAAGGGCAAGAAGGUGGGCGGCGGCAUCCGGCCGUGGAAGCACGUGUACUCGGUGCUGCGCUCGCACUCGCUCUUCCUCUACAAGGACAAGCGGGAGGCGGUCAUGCACAGCGCGGCGGCGGCCGGCAGUGGGGCCGGGGGGGCGGGCCACGGCGAGGACGAGCAGCCAAUCAGCAUCCGCGGCUGCCUGGUGGACAUCGCCUACAGCGAGACCAAGCGCAAGCACGCGCUGCGCCUGACCACGCAGGACUUCUGCGAGUACCUGCUGCAGGCUGAGGACCGCGACGACAUGCUCGGCUGGAUCAAGGUCAUCCGCGAGAACAGCAAGACCGACAGCGAGGAUCUGAGCUUCUCUCGGCAAGCACUUAUCAAUAAGAAGCUGAACGACUACAGGAAGCACAGUCCAACGGGCAGCAAGCCGGACGCCUCCCCCAGGGUCCCCCGCAUGAAGCCGCCGUUCCUCCUGGCCAAGAUGGAGAACGCCACGGGGGCUCCCCGCUCGCCCAAACCGGACGGCAAAGACGAGAGCAGCCCCCCCAAGUCGCCGUGGGGGAUCAACAUCAUGAAGAAGGCCAAGAAGUCCGGGCCCAAGGCCUUCGGGGUGCGACUGGAGGACUGCCAGCCUGGCAUCAACAACAAGUUCAUCCCCCUGAUAGUGGAGAUCUGCUGUGGGCUGGUGGAGGACAUGGGCCUGGAGUACACUGGGAUCUACAGAGUCCCCGGGAACAACGCCGUGGUGUCCAGCCUGCAGGACCAACUCAACAAGGGCGUCGAUAUCAACCCCACAGAAGAGAAAUGGCAAGAUCUGAAUGUUAUCAGUAGUUUGCUCAAGUCCUUCUUCAGGAAGCUUCCGGAACCCCUGUUCACGGAUGACAAGUAUAACGACUUCAUUGAUGCGAACCGCAUGGAGGACACAAAGGACAGGCUGAAGACCAUGAAGAAACUGAUCCACGACUUGCCGGAUCACUACUACCACACCUUGAAGUUCUUGGUGGGCCACUUGAAGACAGUAGCAGAUCAUGCAGAGAAGAAUAAGAUGGAGCCGCGUAACCUGGCCCUGGUUUUUGGCCCCACGCUGGUACGCACCUCGGAGGACAACAUGACCGACAUGGUGACCCACAUGCCCGACCGCUACAAAAUCGUGGAGACGCUCAUCCAGCACCAUGCCUGGUUUUUCAACGAGGGGUUGGACAAGGACGAGAAGACCCCGGUGGACACGGCGGACCUUCAGCCCGUCCCGAACAUCGACCACCUGCUGUCCAACAUCGGGAGGACGGGCGUGAUGGGGGAGGCCUCAGACUCAACCAACAGCGACUCAGCUAAAUCCAAGGGCUCAUGGGGGUCAAAGCGGGAUCUGAACGCCAAGGACUUCCUCUCGCUGUCCAUCAUAUCCGCCGUCACCCGCAAGCGCAAGAAGCGGCCCAACGCCCGCCUACUGGGCAGCAGCACGGACGAGGACUCGGAGCACGAGCCGGUCAAGGCCAACCGGGGGGGGCGGGGCCCCGAAACGCCCAAGCCGCAGGGGGCGGAGGGGGCGGGGGGAGGCGACACGGCGCCCAGAGCGGAAGGCGAGGAGGACGAAGAGGAGGAGGAGGAGGAAGAGGAGGAAGACGGGAAAGGAAAAGGGGAGGAGGUGGAGGAGGAGGAGGAGGAGGAGGAGUCCCCGGGGAGGCGGUGCGAGGAAGAGGAGGAGGUCGCGGCGGAGGACGGCGGGGUGGGGGCCAAGGCGCGGCCCUGGCGGGGCCCGGAGGACGCGCGCUCCAUCGUGUCGGGCUACUCCACGCUCUCCACGCUGGGCCGCAGCCUGGCCUCGGAGGGCCGCGGGGACGAGGCGGACGACGAGCACAGCGAGCUGGUGAGCGAGACGGACAACGAGAGCGGCUUCGCCUCGCGCUCCCUCACCCAGGAGCGGCCCGAGAAGCCGGCCCGCCCGCCGCGCAGCUUCCUGUACUCCCACUGCAAAGCGCCCGGCUCCGCCCCCGGCCCCGCCCCCAGCCCUGGCCCCGCCCCCGCGGCCCGCGGGCCUCCCCGCCGCACCUCGGACCCGGGCGACGGGAGGGAGGGCAGGGCGCGCUCGGCCACGCCCUCGUCCUCCUCCUUCUGCUCCUCCGCCGCCUCCUCCGCCCCGCACAGGCUCCACAGCCGGCCCUCCUUCAACUCCCACAAGCUGAUCCAGUGCGACACGCUGGCGCGCAAGAAGCUGAAGGGGGACAAGGCCAAGGCCCGCUCCCUGGACCUGGAGCUGCUGGCCCCCGCCUGCGUGGAGGAAGGGGUGGGGCCUCAGGCCGCUCGGGAGGCGGGCCCCGGCGCCAAGGCCUCGUCGAGCGGCAGCCAGGAGAGCGUGCGCCCGGCCCCGGCCCCGGCCCCGGCUCCGCCCCCCAACCCCGCCCCCGACUCCGCCCCCCACAGGGCGAACGAGGCGGCCUCCUUCUCCCCCGGCGGGGGCGGGCAGGCCUCGCUGGCGGAGCAGGUGAGGGCGCGGCUCCUGGGCUCGGCGGAGGACGUGCGGGGCGUGGGCCUGCGCAAGCCCGUCUCCCCGGAGACGCGGCGCAAGAAGAGGGCGUGGCGCCGGCACACCGUGGUGGUCGGCACGGUCGGGGCGGGAGACGCGGCCGACGCCCCCCCCGCGGACGACGUCGCCCCCGGCGACGCGCCCCCGAACGCGGACGCCGUCGCCCCCGUCGCGGACGGGCACGUCGGCGUCAAGCCCAAGGGGUCCCACCGAGGUCACGAGCAGCACGCCGUCGGACAGUCCGUCCGCCUCGACCCGGAGCUCACCACCGGCCCGGCACAGCGCGCUCCGGCUUCCAGGUUCCACCAGUACCUGUAGGGGGCGCCACCGAGCCGUGGAGAAUAAAAGAAAGGCCAGGGUGUUAUCCCAGGCACGCUAGGCUCCUGUAUACCGGUGCCCCUGGACAAGCUCCAAUGAAACGGCUCUAAGAUAGCUGUAGCCCGUGACAGUAGGGGGCAGCAGAGAGGUGGCAGACAGAGAACAGGUGCAGUCGCUUUAGUUCCAACAACAGAGCUGCAAGCCUGUAAUUAUAACACCAAACGCUUCCAUCGCCUCAUUCCUAUUGGCCAUACUGGCCUGGCAGGAGCAGUGCAGUGUUGCCAAAGCCUCUGCAAACAGUCGAGUCCUGUAACCGGAUAUGAUAGCGGCGAGGCGCGCGUUGUAACGGCCUUGUCUUCUGGCCAAGUGUGUUUUUUGUUCACCCCUCCAGUGCUGGAGGAGGGCACGAGCGGCAGCCAGCGAGCCCAGCCAGGCAGAUCUUUCUGGGCCUACAGAGCGCCCUGUGGCUUAGCGGAGAAGUGACUGUGCUCCAUUACCAAGGUGAUUCAGUCACACUCGGGGGGCAACCGAGGACACACAAGUACACAAACAGACACACACACACACACGCUCACAGACACACACACACACACAAAGAGCAGCCCUGACAGUAUUACACACACACUGCUACAGCAGGAGCACAAUGUGAGGUGGGGGAAGAGCCCCAGUGGUAUUUGACCCCCUUGUUUCACGCGAGUUAGAAAGCCCUGACGCUUCUUUGUUUUUGAACAUUUUCGUUCUCCUCGUUGCUCUGACGGACUACGGAAGUUAGCUACUCGUUUAGCUUCUUCGCAAAAGUGCAGUGUGAGAGGCUUUGCCCCGAGCUCCCCUGCUCCCCCCCCCCCCCCCCCCCC